ACCAAAACAAUCGUAAACACGUGUGGCAAAGGAUUGACAGUUCUCGAUUAUCUAAACAAUUAUCUUGGACCCUCUAAUGCGAAUUUGUAUCUUUUAGUAAAUAAGGUCGAUUCGCGAUUCAAGAUUAUCUUUAAGGAGUGUGAGAGGAAGUUAGGUGUUUAAUUUGAAAGUGCUGUUUAAGUUAAAUGAUAGUAAGCUGUGCUUAGCAAGGCGAUAAAAAACUUGGUAUCAAAAUGAAGCGACAGUUAAAAAUGGAAAGUGAUACAGACUCGACGGAGUCAUUUGCGAGCCCAUCAUCCUUUGCCAGACUAGGCAAAUGUGAGGUAUGCGACUAUGAAAAUGCAAAAUAUACCUGCCCAAAAUGCGAGGUAAAAACAUGUUGCAUCAAAUGUCUAAAUAUUCACAAGAAGGAGUUAAACUGUGACGGAAUCCGUGAUCGUACCAAAUUUAUACCGUUGAAGAAAAUGACAAAGAUGGAUUUCAUGAGCGACUACUACUUUCUCGAAGAAUGCACACGUUUCGUAGAAGAUCGAAAAACAGAUAAAAUCAAGCGGUAUACAAGAUACAAUAAAACCUUACCCCCACACCUAUUUAAAUUACGCAAUGCAGCGCUCGAGCGUAAAACAACAAUCCGAUUUUUACUGCCAAAUUUCACUAGACACACAUCAAACACAACAUACUACGAUUGGUCGAAAAAAGUGAUUUAUUGGCGUGUGGAGUGGAUUUUUGUGAAUGCAAAUAGCUCCAAGUAUGUUGAUGAGAGAUGUUGUGAGGAUAUAAAGCUGCAUGAAUUGUUGGAUAAAUAUUUUAAUGUUGAGAAUCAUGAGGAGGUGCCUAUGAAGAAGUCCCUUGAAGUCUACCAAAGUCGAGGUGUUGGUAAUGUGAAGAUACUUCUGAAAGCGGAGGGAAUUAAACGAUGUCGAAAGAGAUAUUAUGAGUUGGAUUGCAAGAAGACCCUGCGGGAGAAUUUAGCUGGAAAAAUCUUAGUCGAAUACCCAAUAGUUCAUAUCUGCUAUGAUGCCGUUGCUGAGGAAUAUGAUGUUAUUGAUAGCGAUGAGGAUGUAAUCGCGGAAUCAAAAAAAUACCAACAAACUCUGGAUGAAUUAUAUCCAUCAAAACAUGCCUCUGCGGAGCGACUAAAAGCUAAGGAAGGAACGAAAAGCGAAGCUGAUGCUGAUGAGAAGCGAAGAAAGCGUGCUGAGCGCAAGAAACGUCAAGCGGAACGUGAAAAACAACCGAAAAAUUUAUUAUUUACAGAAGAUAAAUCGGAUGAUGACACAUCGUCUGAUAGUGAAGCCAGUAACGAAACAGAGGAGGAAGUAGAGUUGAGCUCUACUAAAGCAUAAUAUUCCAUGUUGGCUUUCACUUCUGUUUCCUGUGCAAAAGCAAACAGAAGCUCUAUUUUCUGCAACACAAAUUUGUACCUUGUGCAUCAAAUGCAUGUAUAAAUAAAGAUCAAUGGAUUUUAAU